CCGUGCAGGAUGUUUGUAUAGUGACCGGGCUGUUGCCGUUAUUUUCUUUUCUCACAAUUUACGGCUCAACACGGCAAAUUCCCAGUUGGCAGAUAAAUGCAGCCUGUUUACAGCCACUGACAUAACAGAGACUGCUCAGCUGAUUUGGUUUAGUUGUUAGCAACUGUGCUAAUCUCGGUGACUUGAGCUGCUCCUGUCUCAGUGGAAAAAUACAGCGGGGAAGUGGUGUAUACCUUGAACCUUUGUCAGAGCCAAACACUUUUUCAAGUGCGGCCGCAUGGUGUAGAGCGCAGCGUCUGGCAACAAGGCGACUCAGAGAGGGGAACCAUAGCAGCUUUGAUUCUCACUCUGGCUCCGCUCAUGACUUUUUGUUUGUAUAGAGCCUGUGGUGCAUCCAUCCGAGAGGAAUACUGAUCACUUUGUUGUUGCUGUAAGCAACUCUCAGGGGAGGGGGCUUUGUGAUGGAGGGGGAAUUCCUGAAAGGAAGCAGCCGUGAAGCGGCCGGUCAAGGCAACAGUCUGGUGAAGAAGACUCAGCUGCUGGACCGUGGCAAGUGGGCAAACAAGUUGGAGUUUCUGCUGGCUGUGGCAGGAACCCUUGUGGGCUUAGGAAAUCUCUGGAGGUUUCCCUAUUUGUGCUACAAAAAUGGGGGAGGCGCAUUUUUGGUCCCAUAUGUUCUGUUUCUUCUGGCCUGUGGGAUCCCAAUGUUCUUACUGGAGACAGCCAUGGGCCAGUAUACAUCCCAGGGAUGCAUUACAUGCUGGAGACACUUCUGCCCUUUGUUUGAAGGGAUUGGUUAUGCAACCCAGGUAGUGAUUGCCUAUGCUGCCGUGUCAUACAUCGUCAUCCAGGCCUGGGCUUUCUUCUAUCUCUUUUCUUCCUUCAAUGCUGAGGUUCCAUGGGCCAGCUGCAGGAACUUCUGGAACACAGAAAACUGUGUUGAAUUCGACAAAAAAAAUAUGUCAUCCAAUUGGACAGCAGAUGUAAAUGCGACAACCCCUGCGACGGAAUUCUGGGAGAGACGAGUUCUGGGUAUCUCCACGGGAAUAGAAGACAUUGGAAGCCUGAGGUGGGAGCUGGCCUUGUGUCUCUUGUUGGCUUGGAUUUUGUGCUACUUCUGUGUUUGGAAAGGAGUGAGAUCCACUGGAAAGGUAGUUUACUUUACAGCCACUUUCCCUUAUGUCAUGUUGGUUGUUCUGUUGGCUCGUGGACUCACUUUACCCGGUGCCAUGGACGGCAUCAUUUUCUACCUCUAUCCUGACCCGACAAGGUUGGUGGACCCUCAAGUUUGGAUGGAUGCAGGUGCACAAGUUCUGUUCUCUUUUGGGAUUUGUCAAGGAAGUUUGACAGCUCUUGGCAGUUACAACGAGUUUAAUAAUAACUGCUACAAGGACACAUUUGUUCUGUGCUUGGUGAAUGGUGGCUCAAGCUUUGUGGCUGGCUUUGCCAUCUUUUCGGUUUUGGGAUUCAUGUCCUACGAACAAGGAUUGCCGAUAUCUGAAGUGGCAGCUUCAGGACCUGGUUUGGCUUUUAUAGCAUAUCCACGGGCUGUAGCAAUGAUGCCUUUGCCUCAGUUGUGGGCCAUAUGCUUCUUUAUCAUGGUCAUCCUGCUGGGUGCUGACACACAGUUUGUAAGCUUGGAGUGCCUGAUGACCUCCGUAACAGAUAUGUUCCCGACUGUUUUCCGGAGGGCUUAUCGGCGAGAACUGCUGCUGCUUUGUCUCUGCACCGUUUGCUUCUUACUCGGUCUUCUACUUGUCACUGAGGGGGGCUUGUAUUUCCUUCAGCUUUUUGACCACUACGUCUGUAGCGGCAACAACCUUCUCCUCCUUUCAGUGUGUCAGUCCAUAGCAAUUGGAUGGAUAUAUGGUGCAGAUCGUCUCUAUGACAACAUUGAAGAAAUGAUAGGCUAUCGUCCAUGGCCACUUAUGAAGAUUUGCUGGCUUUACAUUACCCCCGCUGUUUGUAUGCUUGAAAUGACAUGCUUGAAAUGACAUGAGAAGAGGAGCAAGGAAGAGGUGCAUGAGAAGAAAUUAAGGAUUUAAACUUUGUGACGUCAGGAAUUUGAGAAAGGUGCUGGUGUCAGUGCCAGGUGGGUUUAGAGUGAAGGGAACACAGAGAACACAGAGAAACGUAUGCAUACUGUCUGCUGUAAGUGGGUAAGAAUCAUGUACUGUAACUGUUGCUGCACAUCAUUUGUGGUAUACUGUGCUAAUUGUUGAAAAUUCAGACAUAAACGCUUAGCAACAACGAAUUCCCUUUAAUUUGUCACUCAGCAUGAGAGCGGACUGAGAAGCCUUAACCCCCAGAAAAUCAUAUUGCACACCCGGGGUCCUCGGUUUUUGACAGUUUUGUUCUUUGGCGGCUACAUACAGUGGGGCAAAUAAGUAUUUAGUCAACCUCUAAUUGUGCAAGUUCUCCCACUUGAAAAUAUUAGAGAGGCCUGUAAUUGUCAACAUGGGUAAACCCCAACCAUGAGAGACAGAAUGUGGAACACCCCCCCCCCCACCCCCCCAGGAUAUCACAUUGUUUGAUUUUUAAAGAAUUUAUUUGCAAAUCAUGGUGGAAAAUAAGUAUUUGGUCAAUACCAAAAGUUCAUGUCAAAACUUUGUUAUGUACCCUUUGUUGGCAAUGUGACGGCCCUGGCCGUUUAAUAGUUAAUUUUCUGAGAUUCUUCCAGUCAGCUGAUCGUCACCUCCACCAGCUGGCUGCUUCCCUUCCCACUGUGACGACAGCUGAUCGACGCAGGACGGACAGACGACGUCACCGCCGCUGAUUGGCCACGGAAAAAGGCGCCAAGCUUCUUAAACCUGCCACUGUCAACGUUCUGGGAGGUCGCAAUUUGGCAGCAUUCUGUCGCGUUCCUCCUCGCUAGCUGUUUGCUCGCCAUUCACGCUCGUUUGCAUUUUGAUCGCUAGUUUGAUACACUCCCGCUUUUUCGGUGAGGUCUUUUGUGUUUAUUCAUUAUUGGAUCGUUUUUGUUCACCACUGUAAAUAAGAGCACUGAAGCAAGUAAGGGUAUGUCGCCAUUUCUGUUCAACCCGUUUUCUCCUGUUUUGUAUAGAAUAGGAAGUUAGGUUAGAAGCUGUCUUUUCUUUGUUCCUUUUAAAUGAUCAGGGCUUAGUUAGCGGGUGGGGUUUGAGUGUAAUUCCUUUUGUUUGUUGUUUUGGCCUGGGCUUACCCUGAAGUCACGCUUCCUCUGCAUUUUGUACAUAUUCAUUGUGAGUUUGAUUAUUGUGUAAAUAAAUUUGUGUCCACUUGUACAUUUGUGUGGAUUGUUUUAUGUUACGCCUUUCGCGAGCCAUCUUUGGCACGUAACAGGCAAUAACGGAAGCCAAACGUUUUCUGUAAGUCUUCACAAGCUUUUCACACACUGUUGCUGCUAUUUUGGCCCAUUCCUCCAUGCAGCUCUCCUCUAGAACAGUGAUGUUUUGGGGCUGUUGUCUGGCAACACAGACUUUCAACUCCCUCCACAGAUUUUAUAUGGGGUUGAGAUCUGGAGACUGGCAAGGCCACUCCAGGACCUUUAAAUGCUUCUUACGAAGCCACUCCUUUGUUGCCCUGGCUGUGUGUUUGGGAUCAUUGUCAUGCUGAAAGACCCAGCCCUGUCUCAUCUUCAAUGCCCUUGCUGAUGUAAGGAGAUUUUCACUCAAAAUCUCUCAAUACAUGGCCCCAUUUAUUCUUUCCUUUACACAGAUCAGUCGUCCUGGUCCCUUUGCAGAAAAACAGCCCCAAAGCAUGAUGUUUCCACCCCCAUGCUUCACAGUGGGUAUGAUGUUCUUCGGAUGCAAUUUAGUAUUCUUUCUCCUCCAAACACGGGAACCUGUGUUUCUACCAAAAAGUUCUUUUUUGGUUUCAUCUGACCAUAACACAUUUUCCCAGUCCUCUUCUGGAUCAUCCAAAUGCUCUCUAGCGAACCGCAGGCGGGCCUGGACGUGUACUUUCUUCAGCAGGGGGACACGUCUGGCAGUGCAGGAUUUGAGUCCCUGGCGGCGCAUUGUGUUACUGAUAGUAGCCUUUGUGACUGUGGUCCCAGCUCUCUGCUCUCGUGUGGUUCUGGGAUUUUUGCUCACCGUUCUUGUUAUCAUUUUGACGCCACGGGGUGAGAUCUUGCAUGGAUCGAGGGAGAUUAUCAGUGGUCUUGUAUGUCUUCCAUUUUCUAAUAAUUGCUCCCACAGUUGAUUUCUUUACACCAAGCGAAGAGUGAAGAGUUACAGAAAAUGUUUGGCCUCCGUUAUUGCCAACAAAGGGUACAUAACAAAGUAUUG